CGUAACCGCUGUUUCCGGUCCCUGGCGCUUCCCUCCAGCGAAAGCCAGCAUGAUCCGCUGGACCCCCAGCGACUUGCCUGAAAGAGACCACUCAACCUGGACGAACUUUUUGGCAGCCCCAGACCGUCCUUGAGGAGGAUGACUGAGACACUAUGGGCAACGCGCUUUGUGUCUGCUCUCGGGGAACUGUCAUCAUUGACAAUAAGCGCUACCUCUUCAUCCAGAAACUGGGGGAGGGUGGGUUCAGCUAUGUGGACCUAGUGGAGGGGUUACAUGAUGGACAGUUCUACGCCCUGAAGCGAAUCCUGUGUCAUGAGCAGCAGGACCGGGAGGAGGCCCAACGAGAAGCAGACAUGCAUCGCCUCUUCCAUCACCCCAACAUCCUUCACCUUGUGGCUUAUUGUCUGAGGGAACGAGGCACUAAACAUGAGGCCUGGCUGCUGCUACCCUUCUUCAAGAGAGGUACGCUAUGGGACGAGAUAGAAAAGCUGAAGGACAAAGGCAACUUCUUGACUGAAGAGCAAAUCCUUCGGCUGCUGCUGAGUACCUGCAGAGGCCUUGAGGCUAUUCAUGCCAAGGGUUAUGCCCACAGGGACCUGAAACCCACCAAUAUCUUGCUUGGAGAUGAGGGGCAGCCAGUUUUAAUGGACUUGGGUUCCAUGAGUCAAGCAUGCAUCCACGUGGAGAGCUCCCGCCAGGCUCUGGCCCUCCAGGACUGGGCAGCCCAGCGGUGCACCAUCUCCUACCGGGCCCCGGAGCUCUUUUCCGUGCAGAGCCACUGUGUCAUCGAUGAGCGGACUGAUGUCUGGUCCCUAGGCUGUGUGCUAUAUGCCAUGAUGUUUGGGGAAGGCCCUUAUGACAUGGUGUUCCAGAAGGGUGACAGUGUGGCCCUUGCUGUGCAGAACCAACUAAGCAUCCCGCAGAGCCCCAGGCAUUCUUCAGCCUUGCAGCAGCUGCUGACCUUAAUGAUGACUGUGGACCCCCAGCAGCGCCCUCACAUUCCUUUCCUCCUGAGUCAGUUGGAGGCACUGCAGCCCCCGGCUCAGAGCCAGCACACUACCCAAAUCUGAACAAACCAGUGGCCAUGUUGAGAAGGUGGCCCCUGUGCCUUGGGAAGAAGCUCCCAUUCCUUAGUGGAAUCUCCAUCCCUUCUAACCAGGACAGCUCUCUUGUAGUUAGGGGCAGCUGGGGGGUGGGGACAGUCAGCUCAGUCUUCUGUCUCUGAUUCUGCUCUCUUACGCCCAAGAGCAACAACUGGACUGGGGGCCUGACUGGGUAGCGGUGGGUGAGGGUGGGGAAUGGGGAAAGGGGAACUGAUAGAAUCUGGUAAAGGCUCUGAGCAGGACUGCUGAGCUUACAUCAUGAUCUGCCUCCAAAUCUGGGAGCAGGAAAAUGUAUGAACAGAAGAAUAAAGUGAAAGUAGCUUGGUGUGA